AUGGCGGGAAGGUUACGUUGGCGCGGGCUGCGCAUCGAGUCCGUCGAUAACUACUCUGGCGUGCUCGUCCCACUGGACCAGGCUCAUCUCCACAGCCAUUCAGCUCGUUGCGGGAGGACCGAGUUCGAGGAGCUCCCGGCCCACGGCGACGACGACGAUGACCCCAAGGACAGGGGAGGGGAUGAGGGGACCGGCAUGCUGGAGAUGAGUGCUGCUGAGUACAGCAUUGAGGGCCUUAGGAAGGAGGUGCGAAGAGGCGGCAGUGGCAUGAGGUCGGAUUACGAGUUGAAAUCGAUGCUAGUCAACAAGGCCGUCCAGGAUAUCGGCAUGGGCAGGUACAACUGGCAGCUGUUCGUCUUGUGUGGCUUUGGAUGGUUUGCAGAUAAGUAUGUUCUCCCGAUGUUCGAUAUACUGGCAAUGCUGUCGUGCUAA